CUUUCUGCAAGUGGGCAGAGCAAACAGAGAGGCUCGUGCGCUGUGGCUGGCUGAAAUCAUUCCAGUCUGCUCAACGCAGCGACGUCUCCACUCGCUCUUUCCCUGGAUUUUGAGUCCUUAUACCGCCCGUAUAUCAUCACCGUGGGCUACCGACAGAAACCAUUAAAAAGGAUGCAACAGGUCGGACUCAGUCCGCUGAGAUGUUACUGAGCGAUGAGGAUGGGUCAGAGAAGGAAAUCCCGUCGGUGAGGCAAACGAGCCGUGCGCCACACCCCAAAAACCACCACAGCUACACCGACUGACGCAGCCAUGCCCCGCCUGCCCUCCUAAAUCUCCUCCCCAGCUGCCAUACCUCCCCUCGGUCAAAUCAGAGUCACAGCAGCCCCAACAACUCCCUGUAAAGUCAGCAUGGCUACACCCUUCCUGUGGAAGCUGUCAUCCCAGAAGCUGGGCUUCUUCUUGGUCAGCUUUGGGUUCAUCUGGGGCAUGAUGCUGCUGCAUUUCACCAUCCAGCAGCGAGCCAGCCAUGAAAACAGCGCUGUGCUGAGGCAGCAGAUCCUGGACCUCAGCAAGCGCUACAUCAAGGCCCUGGCUGAGGAGAACCAAAGUGUCAUGGAUGGGCCCUAUGUGGGUACCAUGACCGCUUACGAUUUGAAGAAGACUCUUGCAGUGCUGCUGGAUAACAUCAUGCUGAGGCUUGGCAAGCUAGAGUCCAAGGUGGAAAACAUCUACAACGGCACAGGGGGCAACCUGACCAACGGCACCAGCACUGCCACGCCCAGCGCCACAAAUUCAGAAAAAGUCAACGUGGCAGACCUCCUAAAUGGAGCCCAGGAGAGGUGCGAUCUGCCGCCUUUGGAGGGUUUCCCUCACUGUGAGGACAAGGUUAAGUGGAUGAAGGAGAUGUGGCGCUCAGACUCCUGCUAUGGCAACUACGGCGUGGAUGGAUCCACAUGCUCCUUCUUCAUCUACCUCAGCGAGGUGGAGAACUGGUGUCCUCGCCUGCCUUGGAGGAUAAAGAACCUGAAUGAAGAUUUAGACCGGAGGGGACAGGCGGAGGUCCGGACCAGUUUCGAGGAGCUUUACCGUGUGAUGUCACAACGCGAGGAGUUCCGCUGGAUGAUGCUGAGGAUUAAACGCAUGGCUGAGCCGUGGGUCAGCGCCAUCCGCUCGCUGGCUGCCAAGCAGAACCUGGCCCGGCGUCGGAGGAAGAAGAUCCUGGUGCACUUGGGCCUGCUGACCAAAGAGUCAGGCUUUAAAAUAGCAGAAAACGCCUUCAGCGGUGGCCCAUUGGGAGAGUUGGUCCAAUGGAGUGAUCUCAUAACCACGCUGUACCUGCUGGGCCAUGAUGUUCGCAUCUCAGCCUCCCUGGCGGAGCUCAAAGAGAUUAUGCGCAAGGUCAUGGGGAACAAGUCCAGUUGCCCGACGCAGGGUGACAAGGUGGUUGAGCUCAUCUACAUUGACAUCGUGGGCCUCACCCAGUUUAAGAAGACGCUGGGACCUUCCUGGGUCCACUACCAGUGCAUGUUGCGGGUGCUGGAUUCGUUCGGGACGGAACCAGAGUUCAACCACGCCCACUACGCCCAGUCCAAGGGUCACAAGACGCCCUGGGGGAAGUGGAAUCUCAACCCGCAGCAGUUCAACACCAUGUUCCCGCACACCCCAGACAACAGUUUCCUGGGCUUCGUCGUGGAGCAGCACCUCAACGCCAGCGACAUCAGACACAUCGAUGACAUCAAGAGACAGAACCAGUCACUAGUCUACGGCAAGGUCGACAACUUCUGGAAGGACAAAAAGAAAUACCUUGACACCAUCCACAGCUACAUGGACGUCCACGGCACCGUGCACGGCACCAGCACCGUGCACCUUCCGAGCUACGUCAAGAACCACGGCAUCCUGAGCGGCCGAGACUUGCAGUUCCUCCUCAGGGAAACCAGGUUGUUUGUGGGUCUGUCCUUCCCCUACGAGGGUCCUGCCCCCCUGGAGGCCAUCGCCAACGGCUGCGCUUUCCUCAACCCCAAAUUCAACCCUCCAAAGAGCAGCAAGAACACCGACUUCUUCAAAGGCAAACCCACGCUGAGAGAGCUGACCUCUCAACAUCCGUAUGCUGAGGUGUACAUCGGUCAGCCCCAUGUGUGGACGGUGGAUAUCGAAAACUCUGCUGAGGUGGAGAAGGCCAUUCGCUCCAUCCUCAGCCAGAAGAUUGAGCCCUACCUGCCCUAUGAGUUCACCUGCGAGGGUAUGCUGCAGAGAGUCAACGCCUUCAUUGAGAACCAGGACUUCUGCCACGGUCAGGUGAUGUGGCCCCCUCUCAGCGCUCUGCAGGUGAAACUGGCCGAGCCGGGCCACUCCUGUAAGCAGGUGUGUCAGGAGGAGCAGCUCAUCUGUGAGCCCUCCUUCUUCCAACACCUCAACAAGGACAAGGACCUGGCCAGGUUUGGCGUGGACUGUCAGACGGUGGAGUCGAGUGCAGACACGCUGGUCCCGGCGUACAGCGAGGCUCGCCACCACUGCAUCUUCCAGUCUGACCUGCUGCUGUUCAGCUGCGCCGGCGCCCACCAGUCGCUGCGACGCAUCUGCCCCUGCCGUGACUACAUGAAGGGCCAGGUGGCGCUGUGCAAAGACUGCCUAUAGCACCAACACCCAGGCUGAAGGGAGGGGGGGGCUGACCGAGAGAUAGGACGGUGUUCAGGCGUGGCUGGAUGCCGUUUAACGAAGUCGGAGUAGCUCGAUGAGCGUGUUUGAGAGACAUGCAGCUGUCAAUCAAACACACACACCAGACUUUUGUGGGAAGCUGUCUGCGCAGAAAAACAUUCCCAGGACUGCGUAUGUUCAUCAUAUUUAUUGUUUUCCCCGGCUGCUGGAGGUAAAGCAGCCCAACCUGAGCAUCCGUCAACCCUCUGGUUCACCAGCGGCGGCGCUGCAAGUCCCGGAAGCGGUGUAAAAUUACUUGAAUCAACAAAAGGAGUCGUCUUUAAAACCGCAGCCUCCUUGGUGGACUGCACAUCAGUGACUGCCUGCCUGUUUGUCUUCAGGUUCAUCACGGCAGCAAGGCACCAAGGAGACUCAACCACCCUUCCUGACAGCCACCUCCCCCCCCCCCCCCCUCCCACUCCAACCCCUCCAUCCACCACCCCUGGUCAAAUCUGAAGCUGUUUAUUCAUUCUUUAGGUAGGUUUGCACUGGACUGACAUGCCUGAAGGCAGAGAGAGACACACACACACGCACGCACGCACGCACGCACACACACGCACACACACACACACACACACACACACACACAGGCUAACAGACGGCGGCUAAAGAAGAACCCAGUUUUACACUGUAACCAACUCGUUCCUCUCUUCUGGACCAGCACGAUGAGAGCGGACGUAUGUAACGUAGAGAUCUAGAUUUUUAUUCUGGAAGUUUUAGCAUUUCCAGACACGUACCCCAGACUUAAAGGCAGUCCUCAUUCCCUCUUAAAAGACUGAAAAGUCCAGUUGUGGAUCAGUCACCGGCAUGGUCCGCCCCUUGAUUUUCAUACAUUCACUUUUAAAUUGCACACUUUAUUUUAAAUGACUUUUAUCAAAAAGAGGAUUUAGUGUGUGUGUUUCUACAAAAGGCCAGUAGGGGAGCGUAACAUUUCUUUUCCGUUCCGACUGUUGCAGCAGUAUGCCAUGCGGUACUACGCACACAUUGAGAGGCGAGGAUCAGGGAGGGGCUAAAGCUGAAGCUGUCGUGUACGGAGUGGCCGCAUCGUAGGAUGUCGUGACGUUUUCGUCGUAGAUGAUAAACCGUCGUCAGUAGCAGUGGUAACACCUAGAUACACCGCAGCCCAGGCGAGGAAGCCUCUACAACACGUUUGGUUUGUCUGUGUCUACACAAACUGUUAGAAUACAGAAACACAGAUCCACACUCCUCUAACAUCUUGCCAGACAAAAGCUGUAAAUCCUUUCAAGCUAACUGUAAGCAACAAAAACAUGCCAACGAAGCGUUCCUGCAACGCAAAACCUCGCAUCUCCUCAUUUAUUUCGAUAAUUGUUAGGAUGUUAAUUUGCCUGCAGAUUUGCGAAGAAAAAAAAUUGAGAUAAAAGUAAAAUUCGUAGUUCUUGUGGUGAAAAGCAAUGCACUACGGUAAUCCAUUUGCAGAGGUUUAACAAGAUAUUAGUAACACUGUAUAUUGUUCAUAUGGGUUUUAAAGGUUUUCUUUUGUAUUUAUUUACUAUACAGAUCUUUAUCUCUGUGUUUGCUGGAAAUCUUUGUUUUUAAUUUAUAGGAGGGGUGUCUCUUUUUUUCUCUCUCCUUUUUAUAGAUUUUUAUUUAUGGAUAGUAAUUUAUAAAAAAAUAAAAAAAUAAGCUUGUUUGUCUGUGAGUGUAUGACCGGGAGGAGGGAGGCGUUGUCUGCCUCUGUUCAGCUCUCAGCAGUGAUGUGAAAAGACCUUAUAGAUUCGAGUUUCGCUGGUUAUUUCAUGAUUGACUUAGCAUUUUUAUAGAAUUUCAUUUCUUUAAAAAGCUAAAAACUUGGGGAUUGGUUUUAAACUGAUAUCUUUAGUUUUUUUUAAACUUUAACUGUAGAAUAAGACUUGUCUAAAUCUUUUCAUCAUCACUGUGUGGUUAAAGAUGGACAGCAGUGGACCAACAUGCCUCGUUUCAUUGUUAAAGCCAGCAGGAGCCUCAUACACUCUGCUUUUAUUUCCAAUCUCAGUUUUUCUGUUUGCACACGUGUAAAUUCAGAUUGAACGGCACCGUCCAGCUACAGUACGCCACCUGUACUUUGUCAGUGUCGCCUCAGACUGUUUUUAUGUUGUUUUUUUACUUUUGUAAACAGGUCCAGUGAUCUGCUGCCAAUUUAGUUUUUCAAAAAACAUGAUGUGCCUUUUUCAUGGUUCAACUUUGGGUUCUGCUUGUGUUUAAUUAUGGGCGAGCUGUUUGAGCCUGACAGUCGGCUGUGGUGUUCCCCGGCUUCAGGUCAACAUCACUUGGGACCUGAUCAAACACAGCUUAGCACUCGUGAUACAGCUUUCACUCCCAAAUGUAACCAUUUUCUGUUUUCUGAAUCAGAUUUAUCUUUUGCUUAAAUUGAAAUAAUUUUAAUUAUGUAUCUAUCUUUAAUUUAUUACAAUUAAAAUCGGUUCAUUGAAUCGCUCCAAACCUUGUGAUUUGUUCCAUUUGGUUGCUGAGUUGCUUAGGUCUGGAAAAGUAAACUGAUUGGCCAUUCAUAGAACUAUAAGAAAGGAUGAUACCAGUGUUUGUUGACUUCAGCGAAUGUUUACCUUCCAUUUUUGAAAAUGCCAGUAGCCUAUCAGUGGAUGUACAUGUUUAUAGUAAUUGGAUUACCAUUACCUUCCAGCAGUAAUUUGAUUUCAGAAACAUCCAUGUAAACUCUUCAUUUGGGAACCUUUUUUUCCCCAGUUAAUCAAUUAGAAAUGAGUUUUCUACAUGACUAAAAACCAUGUAUAAACUGGUGAGUAAUCAGAUUAAUGCAGCACACUGAUUUUAUUACCUUAAACUGAUUACUCACAGCAGUGACUUCCUGCGAUGAGUUCUGACUCUACGCAGCAGUGAUAUAGUAAGAAAGAAACGACAGUGGUGUUAUCCUUUCAUUUACAUCAUAAGGCUUAUGAUAUUCUAUAGUGGUGUUAUUUUCAAAACGUCCCAUGUGUGGACCAAAACCAACAAUGUGUUAGGCCGUCUCUCAAUACUUUAACUUCCCUACCUGUCUGUGGGAUUUGCUGACAAUAACAAAAAUAUAGAAUAUCACCUCUUAUCCUUGUACACGUCAAACACGUGUACAGUAGUGAAACUUGGCUUCAGUUAUUUUUCAAUAAAAAGCAAGAAAGUCUGUCAAAGCUGUUCCGUUGCAUUAUGUAACCUUCUGUUAGUCAGGCUUAUUCUGAGCAUGCUGUCCAUCAGAUUAUCAACUGUUUGGUUUCAAAAGAACAAAAUGGUUUCUUCACCAUAUCUGUCUUUGUUAACCUCAGCAUUGAAUGUCUCCAUUGUAAAAAAGAAAAAAAGAAAACUAGACCAGCUACUUACAGUCAUGCAAACAUGUAUCAAUCUUUGUGUUUUAAUCUGUCGGUUAGCAUCCAGUGUCUGAAUCACUAGAGCGGUGAUGAUUGUGGUCCAAGCGGCGAUAGGUGAAAAACGCAAUGACAACAUUUUCAUUUUGUUUUCACAGUCCUUGACGAGUAAGAGGGAUAUAACUUUAUUUUUAAAUAAACUUUUUUUCUGUGACAAAAGG